GCAAACAAAAACGCGCUUCUGGUUUCUGACCAAUCUCACAUUUUCUCUCUACACCUUCUUCUGCCUCCCACUUUACACUUCUAAUUUGUCUUUCGUGCCAACUCUGCUAGAUUUUUGUGAUCUUUCCACUACUUGAAUCCAGAAGCCAAAGGGUCAUGUUUACAUGUCUUGACCUUUAUGAAACCAAUGAUAAAAUCCUAGCUCCUCUGUUCUGUGUUGUAGGGGUGUCAUUUGUCCCAGAAUUCAAUGAGAAUCCCAUUGCUCCCAAUCCUUCCAUGGUUUUUCUUGAUACACUUUUGCUAUCUUUCACUGUUCCAUACAAUUCCGGUUUCUGGCCAGUGUGCCAGCAACCAGCAGCAAUCUUUGUUGCUCCAAUUGAAGAACAGCCUCAAUUUCACCCCUGAAUUAUCCACAAAACUUGUGAAGUGGGAUAAUGCUUCAGAUUACUGUUCUUGGGCAGGUGUAUCCUGCAAGCAGGGUUGUGUUAGCCAUCUUGACUUGAGCAACGAAUCGAUUUUGGGCGGACUUGAUGACUCGAGUGCUCUUUUCAGUCUGCAGUUCAUUGAGCACCUAAAUUUGGCGUAUAAUAACUUCAAUUAUACUCAAAUUCCAUCCCAGUUCAACAAGCUAGCCAGUUUGACUUAUUUGAAUCUCUCAAAUGCUGGCUUUGCGGGGCAGAUUCCCAUUGAGAUGUCUCAGUUGACAAGGUUGGUGUUUCUUGAUCUAUCUACCUUUUACUUUCCCGGAACUCCUGCACUGCAACUUGAGCAUCAAGAUUUGAAGUUACUUAUUGGAAACCUUUCGGAGAUAACCGAACUUCAUCUUGAUGGUGUGACCAUAUCAGCACAGGGAGCUCAAUGGGGUCAAGCAAUAUCAUCUUCACUGCCAAAACUGAGGGUGUUGAGCUUGUCCUCUUGUAAUAUUUCAGGGCCAAUUGAUUCAUCCUUGCUGAAGCUUCAAUCACUCUCAGAAAUUCGUAUCGAGAAAAACAAUUUGUCUACUACAGUUCCAGAGUUCUUGUCAAAUUUUCCAAAUUUGACUUCCUUACGGCUCAUGACCGCAGGGCUACAAGGUUCAUUCCCCGAGCAGAUCAUGAAGGUACCUACACUGCAAAUUAUCGACUUAAUUGGAAAUGAAGAACUACAAGGAUCGUUGCCAGAGUUUCCAGAUGGUGGAGCUCUUCGGUCCCUGUUUCUAGCCAGGACAAGGUUUUUAGGGUCAUUGCCUGAAUCAAUUGGGAACCUCAAGAUGUUGUCCAGAGUAGAUCUUUCCAAUUGCAAUUUCACUGGACCAAUCCCAAAGUCAAUGGCAAGCCUUAAGGAACUGGUUUAUGUUGACAUGUCAAAGAACAAGCUCAAUGGUUCAGUUCCAGUGUUGAGUAUGGCCAAGAAUCUGACCGACAUAAAUCUUUCUUACAAUGAGCUAACAGGUCAGAUUAACUCUACUCACUGGAAAAGUCUCACUAAGCUGGUCAAUCUCAACUUAGGAAACAAUAAAUUGAAUGGCAGUGUUCCAUCGUCUCUAUUCUAUCUUCCCUCGCUGAAGCAACUACUUCUCUCCAACAAUCAGCUCUCCGGUCAGUUGCUUGAAUUUGCCAACAUAUCUUCUAGUUCUCUUGACACACUUGAUUUGAGUAGCAACAACUUGGAAGGGCCGGUACCCAGGUCUAUCUUUCUUCUUCAACAGCUGAAAAUUCUCUCACUUUCUUCAAACAAUUUCGGCGGUUCCUUCCCUCUUAACAGUGUUCAACAGCUCAAAAAUCUUUCCACCCUUGAUCUUUCAUACAAUAGUUUGUUGAUUAGUUACAAUAAUACAGAUUCCUUCAGGUCCUCCUUUCCUAAUAUUACCACAUUAAAAUUGGCAUCUGGAGAGUUGAGAACAUUUCCUAAUUUCUUGAGAGAUCAGUCCAGAUUACGCUAUUUGGACCUUUCACAGAACCAGAUUCAUGGAGAGAUACCCAACUGGAUUUGGAAGCUUAAUAGUAUUUCUCAAUUGAAUCUUUCUUGUAAUUCCUUGGUAAGUUUCGAAGGCCCUUUUCUCAAUCUCACUUCUAAUUUGUCUGUGCUUGACCUUCAUUCCAACCAGCUUCAGGGUCACAUUCCAAUAUUUCCACCACUUGCCACUUAUCUGGAUUACUCGAGAAAUAAUUUCAGCUCUACCAUGCCGGAUGAUAUUGGUGGUUUCCUCAAUUACACCAUUUUCUUGUCUCUUUCAAGCAACAACCUAGAUGGAAGCAUUCCGGCAUCCAUAUGCAAAGCGGCGUAUCUUCAGGUUCUUGAUCUGUCCAAUAAUUCUUUCAGUGGCUUCAUUCCCCCGUGCUUGAUUGCAAUGACUGAAAUUGUAGUACUCAAUUUGAGGAGAAACGAACUUGCGGGCAGUAUUCCUGAUGGAUUUCCUGGCCAUUGUAGUCUGAAAACUCUAGACAUCAAUGGAAAUCAUCUCAAAGGCCAGUUUCCAAAAUCUCUAGCAAAUUGCACAGUGUUGGAAGUUUUGAACAUUGGAAGCAAUCAGAUAAUGGACACAUUUCCUUGCUUGUUGAAGAGCAUAUCCACCCUGCGUGUCCUUGUUUUGCGAUCAAACAGGUUUUAUGGACAGAUUGGAUGUCCCAACACCACUGGCACCUGGAAAAUGCUUCAAAUUGUUGACAUAGCACACAACAAUUUUAGCGGUGAAAUACCAGGAAGAUGCUUGACCACAUGGAAAGCAAUGAUGGGCGACGAAGAUGAUGCCCAAUCAAAGAUCAAUCACCUGCAAUUUCGAGUCCUACAAUUCAGUGACUUAAAUUAUCAGGAUGCAAUAACAGUUACCACCAAAGGAAUAGAAAUGGAGUUGGUAAAGAUUCUAACCGUUUUCACGUCCAUAGACAUCUCGUGCAACAAUUUCAAUGGAUGGAUACCGGCACAAGUGGGACAACUGAAGGCACUCUAUGCCCUAAACUUGUCCAACAAUGCUCUCACAGGCCCUAUCCCUCCAUCAUUGGGAAAUCUAACUCAACUCGAGUCCUUGGACCUUUCGAACAACAGCCUGAGCGGGACAAUUCCACCAGAGCUCACAGUACUCACUUUCCUUUCAUUCUUGAAUCUCUCAGAUAAUAACCUGUCUGGGAGGAUACCGUCUGGUAAUCAGUUUCAAACAUUUUCUCCAGAAUCCUUUGAAGAUAACAAAGGGUUAUGUGGGGCACCUUUACUAGUAAACUGCAGCAAUACCAGCAACGCAACAGAUGCAGCAUCAAAUGUUGAGAGUGGGUUUGAUUGGCAAUCUAUAUACACUGGACUGGGGUUCGGAGUGGGAGCGGCAGUAAUGGUUAUCCUCUUAAUGAUGUGGGCAGAAGGAAGAAACUGGACGGACAACAGCAUUGAUAAAAUUCUUCUAGUGAUCCUUCCAAUGAUGGGAUACUCUUACAAACCUCGUCAUGAAUGGGAUAAUGACUGGGACGAAGAAUUUGAAGAAGAUAGCAAGUUUUUCACAGAAGGCUAUGAUCAAGAUGAGUUUGAAUCAGUAGACAAAGAAUUUCAGGGUCCGUUUUGUGUGUUUUGUUCAAAACUUGAUACGAGUAGGAAGAGUGCCAUCCACAACCCAAAUUGUACAUGCCAUUUCUCACCACCUAUGUCAUCUACUUCUUCCUCCUCGUCCUCGUUCUCUUCCUAGAUACUUUUCUUUCUUUUCCUACAAUUUUCAUUCUGAUU